AUGUGGUUAGAUACUUCUGGUCAAUUAUUAAUAACUAUUGUUGAAGCUAGAGUACUUGAUGAUAAAGAUACUUUUGGUGGCUUAAAUGAUGCUUAUGUUCAAUUUUUUAGUCGUAUUGAACAUGAUCAAAAUCAUAUACAUAUAAAAGUAUAUGAUGAGGAUGAUACAGCUGGUCGUGAUGCGAUUGGUUCAGCUAAAAUUGAUUUAGAACCUGUACAAGCAUCAGGAUAUUUUGAUGAUUGGGUUAAGUUACCCAAAUUAUUUGGUCUCGGUUCAAAUAGUCAAAUUCAUGUUCACAUGCAUUUUCAAUCUUAA